AUGCUUACGUUCCAGGACAGGCAGGAACUGCUGGACUGGAGAGCAGAAAAAGCAGAUUUGUAUCUUGGUCAGAGAAGGGGGAAAAGAAAAAUAAACGUAUCAGACUGCUGUGGGCCGAUUUGCACAGGGUGUGACACAAGGUCAGUGACUGGGGAUACCGAUCCUGUAAUUUCCCAAGAACCAGGUUCUGGAGCACAGCAUCUGUGUUGCUCUGCUUGUAGCAAAUUCUCUCUUAACAUAAUGGCAGCCUUGAUUGAGAGAACAGAUUAUUUCCGUAAAUUACACAGUUUCUAAGAUACAUAGUCAAGUGAAAAAAAGCACAGUGCAGAGUAGUAUGUAUAGCAUGCAUGUGUGCGUUCCAAGUCGUUUCAGCGGUGUCUGCCUGACUCUUUACGACCCUAUGGACUGUGGCCUGCCAGGCUUCUCUGUCUAUGGGAUUCUUCAGGCAAGAAUACUGGAGUGUGUUGCCAUGCCCUCUUCCAGGGGAUCUUUCUGACCCAGGGAUCGAACCCAUUUCUCUUAUGUCUCCUGUAUUGGCAGGCAGAUUCUUUACCACUAGUGCCACUUGGGCAAUCCCAUGUGUAGUAUGCUAAAGUGGAAAAUCUUUAACACUUGUUAUUUUGCUCAUGUGCAAAUAUGUAUGUAGAAAAAUUCCUAGAAAUGGAAUUAUUUGUACAGAAGCUACGUGAAUUUGUAAUGUUGCUAGAUUUUACCCAGUUGUUUCCAUAAAUAUUGUAUCAAUUUACACUGCUACUAGUGAUAUUAGAAUGCUAAGUUAUAUAACCAACUUUAUGAUCUUUGCCAAUGCAAUGGUUAAAAAAUGGUAUUUCAGUGUUGUUUUUUAUGUGUAUCCCUCUAAAUGGUGAGAUUAAAUAUCUUGAAAUGUAUUUCAAAGUCAUUUCUGUGAAAUAUCCUGGUGCAUGGGUGCGUGCUCAGUCGUGUCCAACUCUUUUCAACUCGUGAACUGUAGCCUGCCAGGCUCCUCUGUCCAUGGGAUUUCCCAGGUUACCACCAAAGAACAUGAUUUUGGUCUAGGGGCUCCAGUUUCUGAAGCUGAAAAAUACCAGAAUAUUCUCCAGCUAGAGCAAGAAGUGAGAAAUCAAGACAAAUUCAUCUCUACACUGAAAUUACAGAUUGAAGAUCUCAAACAGACAAAUCAUGGGUUGGAAGAAUAUGUUAAGAAACUCUUGGAUAGUAAGGAGGUGGUAAGCAGUCAAGUAGAUGAUUUAACCAGCCACAAUGAGCAUCUUUGUCAAGAAUUGAUUAAAAUUGACCAACUAGCAGAGCAACUAGAAAAAGAAAAAAAUUUUGUGGUGGAUACCGCUGACAAGGAACUUGAAGAAGCAAAGAUUGAGCUCAUUUGCCAGCAAAAUAAUAUAAAAGUAUUGGAAGAUACAAUAAAAAGGCUUAGAUCUAUAAUUUUAGAGACUGAAAAAGCACAAAAUAAAUCUCCUUCCAGACUUGAUUCCUUUGUCAAAACUUUAGAAGCAGACAGAGAUUACUACAAGAGUGAAGCUCAAAAUUUGAGAAGGAUGAUCAGAAGUAGAUCUAAAAGCCCACGACGCCCAUCUCCAUCUUCUCGGGGUACAAACUGUGAUGUAGAGCUUUUGAAGACAACUAGAGACCGUGAAGAACUCAAAUGCAUGCUGGAAAAAUAUGAGCGUCAUUUGGCAGAAAUUCAGGGUAAUGUCAAGGUUCUCACAUCUGAGAGAGACAAGACCUUUCUUCUGUAUGAGCAGGCACAGGAAGAAAUUGCCCGACUUCGACGGGAAAUGAUGAAAAGUUGUAAGUCUCCUAAAUCAACAACAGCACAUGCUAUCCUCCGGCGGGUGGAGACUGAGAGAGAUGUGGCCUUCACUGACUUGCGAAGAAUGACCACAGAACGAGACAGUCUGAGGGAGAGGCUAAAGAUUGCCCAAGAGACAGCAUUUAAUGAGAAGGCUCACUUGGAACAAAGGAUAGAAGAGCUGGAGUGUACAGUUCAUAAUCUUGAUGAUGAACGUAUGGAGCAAAUGUCAAAUAUGACUUUGAUGAAGGAAACCAUAACCACUGUGGAAAAAGAAAUGAAAUCACUAGCAAGAAAGGCAAUGGAUACUGAAAGUGAACUUGGCAGACAAAAAGCAGAGAAUAAUUCUUUGAGACUUUUAUAUGAAAACACAGAGAAAGAUCUUUCUGAUACUCAGCGACACCUUGCUAAGAAAAAAUAUGAGCUACAGCUUACUCAGGAGAAAAUUAUGUGCUUGGAUGAAAAAAUUGAUAAUUUUACAAGACAAAGUAUUGCCCAACGAGAAGAAAUCAGCAUUCUUGGUGCAACCCUCAAUGAUUUGGCUAAAGAAAAGGAAUGCCUGCAAGCAUGUUUGGAUAAAAAAUCUGAGAAUAUUGCGUCCCUUGGAGAGAGUUUGGCAAUGAAAGAAAAGACCAUUUCAGGCAUGAAGAAUAUCAUUGCUGAGAUGGAACAGGCAUCAAGACAGUCUACUGAAGCCCUCAUUAUGUGUGAACAAGACAUUUCCAGAAUGCGCCGGCAGUUGGAUGAGACAAAUGAUGAGCUGGCUCAAAUAGCCAGGGAGAGGGACAUCUUGGCUCAUGAGAAUGACAAUCUCCAAGAACAGUUUGCUAAAGCUAAACAAGAAAACCAGGCACUGUCUAAGAAACUGAAUGAUACUCAUAAUGAACUUAGUGACAUUAAACAGAAGGUUCAAGACACUAAUCUGGAGGUUAAUAAACUGAAGAAUAUAUUAAAGUCUGAAGAAUCUGAGAACAGGCAAAUGAUGGACCAACUCCGAAAAGCCAACGAAGAUGCUGAAAACUGGGAAAAUAAGGCCCGUCAAGCAGAGGCAGAUAACAAUACCCUCAAAUUAGAACUUAUCACUGCUGAGGCAGAGGGGAACAGAUUAAAAGAAAAAGUAGAUGCCCUCAAUAGAGAGGUCGAGCAGCACUUAAAUGCAGAACGGUCUUACAAGUCCCAGAUUGCUACUUUACAUAAGUCUGUUGUAAAGAUGGAAGAGGAGCUUCAGAAGGUUCAGUUUGAAAAAGUGUCUGCCCUUGCAGAUUUGUCUUCCACAAGGGAACUUUGCAUUAAACUUGACUCAAGCAAAGAACUUCUUAAUCGACAGCUGGUUGCUAAAGAUCAAGAGAUAGAAAUGAUGGAGAAUGAGUUGGAUUCUGCUCGUUCUGAAAUAGAACUCCUCAGGAGUCAGAUGACAAAUGAGAGAAUCUCCAUGCAGAAUCUAGAAGCUUUGCUGGUAGCCAAUAGAGACAAAGAAUAUCAGUCUCAGAUAGCACUUCAGGAAAAAGAAUCUGAAAUUCAGCUUCUCAAAGAACACCUUUGUUUGGCAGAAAACAAAAUGGCCAUCCAGAGUAGGGACGUGGCCCAGUUCAGGAACGUCGUGACGCAGCUGGAAGCUGACUUGGACAUUACAAAGAGACAGCUAGGGACAGAGCGAUUUGAAAGGGAGAGGGCUGUGCAAGAACUCCGCCGCCAGAAUUACUCAAGUAAUGCUUAUCAUUUGAGUUCCACAAUAAAGCCAAAUACAAAAUGUCACUCACCAGAACGUACUCACCAUCGAUCUCCUGACCGAGGCCUGGAUCGAUCAUUAGAAGAGAAUCUUUGCUAUAGAGAUUUCUGACACGUGGAAAGAUUCUUCACAUCCUUGGGAGAGGUCAAAGUUUCAAACUGAUUUUUUUUUUGCUAUAUGAUUGCAUUUAUCUUUUGAAUGCUUGACAAUGUUAAAUGAAUUUAUUAACGCCAUGCCUCUGAAUCUCUGUUUUCAUGUGCCGUGCCAUACCGCAGUGAUCUGAGAUGACUUAUAAACACAAAAAUGUAUAUGGCCCUUUCUAUCCAUACAGUAAUAGUGAGUGUAAAAUCUGCUUACUUCACUAUUGACGACUGUUGUGUUAACUAUCCGGAGUAAAUAAAGAAGCUUAUAAAAAGAGGGCAAAGUGUUUUAACAAAACUGAUUUUUUUUCCUUUGUGAUUUAUGCUUUCAUGGCUGGACAAAUUGUGCCAAAAGAGGCGCAGUUUACCACUCCUGGCCUGGGACCCCAUAUUCCAUUUUGGAUCCAACCUGACAUGAAUUCCGGGCCAUGCUCUGACUCCAAAGCAGUAUAGUAGGCGUGUGUCAGGGUUUUUAAAUCCUUAGUGUUGUACCAUUAGUUAGCAUACAUUUCCUACAAUUGUUUACCCCUACUAUUUUUAGAAAGGUAGGUAAUACUAUCUCUGUCAAGAAUGUAAGAUUAUUUUUUAAAAAAUCUGUAUUUUUCAUACGUUUUCCUUUAAAAUAUUAAAAUACUGCAAUCAACUUAA